AUGUCGACAGACGAAGAAGUUGCUGAAAUAGGCAGCCUGAACGAUCACCUAGAUCAGCUCAACAUUGAAGAUACCGUCGGUUCGGGGACUCGUUUGAUACGAAGGAGUGCAGAGGAGUCUCCAAAGAACAACGAAGAGAACGAUACUAGAAACACCUCGUACUACACGGGACGAACCAUCUACCUCUCGAGGCGCGAAUUCGUCCUCGAAACAGAUGAGACAGACAUAGAUAGUGCCAACAGCGUUUUCUUAGCAAAUUGUGAUGAUGGGAUUCUGCAGCUUGAUGAGCUUGCCUCUAUGAUCAAUGAUAUUGAUCUUAUACGAACGCACGCCACCGAGAUUGUCAAGACAACGGAUCCAAUGACAAGCGAGCGGGCUAUCCGGUUUGGAUACCUGGGCGAUCGGUCGAUAGACCUUUCGGAUCUACGGAAGAGAUGCUACGAAGAGGUUCAGGCAGCUUUCAUGGCUGCAGACUCUGCUUAUGAAGAUCCCGCGGAGCUUGGAGACAAUACCGCCUUAGAUGAGCCUGGUCUAAACUUAGAGGAGACUUUAGCACCGGAAGGCAGAGCAGAGGCCCAAGAAGCUUCCACAGCAACGGAAAUGGCCCAGAGAGUCUGCAGUGGUGUUGAUCUGGACGACCUUAUCUUGAAUAUCCAGUACCUCAAGCCGCCGACCCAGAGCGAGCCAUGGGAAUCUGAUAUGCCAGACAAGCCGGGGUACCAUCAUGUUUAUGCACUACUGGGGUGUCUCAUGGCUACUGCAUACGUCAAUCAGUGUUUCGUCAUCGAGACCCUGUAUCUCGACCGAGCGAUCAGCAACCUCGAUAUCGCAGUUCUGAAGAUGCCGAACAUCCCUUUCAAGGACUUUCAGCAGUUUCUCCAAAAUAUACGCAAAGACGUGCAUCGAUUGCAGGUUUUCUUCCAUCGCAUUGAGAUGGAGGAUGACCCAGCCAUAGACUCCGCCCUUUGUGCUAUCUGCAUAGAGCUCAAGCCUAUCAUUGGCUUCCACGAUACUGAGUUUCCAUAUCACAAGAUGGACUUUACAUGGGUUUGUAAAAAGGCCGCAUUGAGGUGCAGGAUCUGUACACUGUUCAGAGAUUCCACGGCCUCUAUGUACCCGCUCUUCAAUAUGUCGUGGCCAGACAUCCGGGAAAUCACCUACAGUAAUCGGUCCGUUGGUCGACGUUGGUUCGGCGAGUCCGAGGAUUAUCUGGCUGAUGUAUUGUGGUGUCCAAAUGGGGCUCUAAAGAUGGAGUUUGUUUCUUUUUAUCUUGGCUCCGAAGAGCCUUUUUAUGCCAGCUAUGAAUUGUACUGCUCGCCAGGGACUCAGCCUUUUUGGAAAAUGAUCGGCCCAGGAAAUCAUGUCCAACCCGAGGUCACGUCCCCAGAAACCUGGGAUAUGAUACGCGGCUGGAUCAGAGAUUGUAUCGAUGAUCACGAGCACUGCAAAGUUGUCAGCGAGGAUCGGCCGUUUCCAACCCGUAUUGUGGCUAUCGGAGGUGAAGGCACGGAACCUCAUCUGAUUAUACCCAGCCCCGAUGAUCGCGGCCGAUACAUUGCUCUCAGCCAUCGUUGGGGUGAUGCUAUGCCUCUUAAGACCACCAAAGCCAGCUUCGCUGAGUUCUGCCACAGCAUCCACUUCGCCCGGUUUCCAAAGACAUUCCAAGAGGCGAUAAUUGUUUGUCGGAAACUCAACAUCGAGUACCUGUGGAUAGACUCACUCUGUAUCAUCCAGGAUGAUGAGCACGAUUGGGCUGUUGAGUCUCCCAAGAUGUGCGACGUCUAUCAGAAUGCUUAUCUCGCCAUCGCUGCUGCCGCAGCACACAACAGUAGCGAAGGUCUCUUCCACCAACGGCCUUUCAGCCUUCGAAAGUCGUGCACUACUGCCUCAAAGAAUGACGACAAAGUUGAAGAGACUGAGAUCUUCGCCAGGCCGUGGAGUUCGCAGAGGCACUGGAUCGAUAGCAUCGGCGAUGGGCCAUGUUGCUGUGACCCCAACCCUCUUGAGACGAGAGCAUGGACACUACAAAGCACGUGCUAUCCCGUAGAAUCCUCCGUUUCACCGCUCACGAGCUGGUCUGGCAUUGUCGCUAGGUGCAUCGCUGCGAGUGUCGUCCAGGAUCGCAACAACGCAAAGAGUCACUCAGGCUCAUCAACUUAG